GAGCCCAGGAAUCGAAAGGAAACCCUUGGGGCGGUGGCGCCCGGGGCCUGGGCUCGGGCAUGGAGCUGCGGGCGCUCUGGCUGCUCUGCUGGUGCGGGUGCUGGUGCUACGGCGGCGGAGGCCAUGGAGCCGGUCCCGGUGCCACCUUCACCCGGAUGGGACCGCGGAGCAGCGAGCAACAGGCAGCCGCCUUCCGGGAAAGUCUUAAUAGACAUCGAUACUUGAAUUCUUUAUUUCCUAGUGAAAAUUCCACUGCCAUCUAUGGAAUAAAUCAGUUUUCAUAUUUGUUUCCUGAAGAAUUUAAAGCUAUUUAUUUAAGAAGCAAAACUUCUAGAUUCCCCCGCUACUCCCCGGAAGGUCCAAUGCUCAUCUCCAACAUGUCUUUGCCAUUAAGAUUUGACUGGAGAGAUAAGCAUGUUGUAACACAAGUGAGAAACCAGCAGGCGUGUGGAGGAUGCUGGGCCUUCAGUGUGGUAGGUGCAGUGGAAUCAGCAUAUGCAAUAAAAGGGAAGCCUUUGGAAGACCUAAGUGUGCAGCAGGUCAUUGAUUGCUCAUAUAAUAAUUACGGCUGCAAUGGAGGGUCUACUUUUAAUGCUUUGAACUGGCUAAAUAAGAUGCAAGUAAAACUGGUGAGAGAUUCAGAAUACCCAUUUAAAGAACAGAAUGGCCUGUGCCAUUACUUUUCUGAUUCACAUUCUGGAUUUUCAAUCAAAGGUUAUACUGCACAUGAUUUCAGUGACCAAGAAGACGAAAUGGCAAAAGCACUCCUUACCUUUGGUCCUUUGGUAGGGAUAGUAGAUGCAGUGAGCUGGCAAGAUUACCUGGGAGGGAUAAUACAGCAUCACUGCUCUAGUGGAGAAGCAAAUCAUGCUAUUAUCAUAACUGGGUUUGAUAAAACAGGAACUACUCCAUAUUGGAUUGUACGGAACUCAUGGGGAAGUUCCUGGGGAGUGGAUGGCUAUGCCCAUGUGAAAAUGGGAAGUAAUAUUUGCGGUAUUGCAGAUUUUGUUUCUGCCGUAUUUGUAUGAUUAAUUGAUCGAAUCAAGAGACAACUACCAAAAUGAAGGUUCCUAAUGAAAUAUAGCAUGGUACUUCAUUCUCAGCAUUAUUCACCUUUAGGUUUUAGCAACUAACCACAACAGGUUCUAGGGCCUAGUAGUAUUUAAGCCGAGUUAUGGCAUGUCCCCUUCUUAUAAAGAGAUGGGCAACAUAGUCAGUAAGAAGAACACCAGCACCAUGGCCUGGGAAACAGUUUCCUACUCCGGAGUGAAUGCUAGUUUAAGAUAUUUUAGGUCUCUUUACUUUGAAGAGGCUAUUAUCUGGUUUUGUUUAAUUGCUGUUUUUGUUUGUUUUUUAUUUGUUUAUUUUCAAUGUCAUUAAAGAGCUGAUAAGAAUUUAUUUUCCUUGUGGGAUAUAAUUACUGCCUUAGCUUACCCCUACAUACAAGAACAGCCAACCUAAAGUUAUGUGUGCCUCUCACAAUUAUACUCUUAGCCCUCUGAGUUGAAAUGUCAUAAGGAUUUUGAAAUACCAAUAGCUUUACCUCAACAAAUAGUAUUUACUCCUUGAAUCGUAGAAAGAUCGUGAAGUAAAAAACAAAAGGACAAGAUCACUUUUUAAGAGAUGGAAAUUAAAUGACAAUAAAUUAUAUGGCAAUUAUGUGAUAAGAAGAACUCAACUAGCAUCGCCUGAGAAAAGAUUAUUAUUUCGCAAUUUUCAUUGUCAAUAGGAUUCCAAUAGACUUCAUUUCCUUACUUUGAUCUCUUUAUAUUGAAGGACAAUGUUUUCUUCCACCUUUUCCUACUCUCUUUCUCUUACUCUUUACUGGGCCACUUCUAAAUUCUCCUGGUGGUUUGACUUCCCUGGCUAAGAAGUCUUUAUUUCUUUUGAUUCAUCUAAGCCACCAACAUUGGGCGCUCACCUUUCUCUUCCUCCCAUCGUUUGUAGGCAACACCCCUUUCAAAGUCUACUGCCAUUAAUCUGGGGUAUUAGCCAGAAUGUGAGUUUCUCAGGCUCUCUGUUUUGUGUGUGUGUGUGUGUGUGUGUGUGUGUGUGGUUGUUUUGUUUGUUUGUUUGUUUUUCAGUUUUCUGCUUAUAUUUCCAGGAAUCCCAUUCUAACUACUUUUUUUGUGUGUGCAUCCAUUUGGCUUUGACCUGGUUCCUGGUUCUUCAUGCCCAUGUUCUCUCUCUUGCCUAAGUAAUUAUGUGUGCCUGUGUAAGAACCUCAGAGCAGAAGAGCUGAUCUUUUGAUUUUACAACUAUAUUAAAUGAGUUAUAUGAAAAUAUAAGAAAAUCUAAUAAAUACUACAUAUGUAAGUAUUUCUUCUCUAAAAUUCAUGGUCACUUUCUAAUGUAAAAUAUAUAAACAAACAAAAAAACCCCACAAAGUUUUAAAUGUAGCAGCAACCACUGAAAUAAUUGAGAACAUCCUAUUUUUCCUUUUUUUCCCUUUUUGCUUUUAGUUAUCCAUUCUUUUUAUUAGAAAAGUAAAAUAAAAAAACAAAACACUGCAUUGCUUUUUCUUACACCAACCAGAACCAAUAUCAAAAGAUUAUGUGUUGACUCAGGUUUAGAAAUGCUCCAGGAAGACAAACAUUGAUAGUUUAAUUGAUUAAUAUUCUUAUUGUCUAAGUUUACCAAAAUGGGAUUGUAUUUGUGUUCAUUUACUUAUUUCUAUGUAACAUAAAUGCUUUUUUGAUACUCUUUUUCAAAUACUAAACAUUUUUUAUUACAAAGUAAUAUUUCUCAGCUGCUCUGAAUUUUGAUGACAUUUAUAAUAAAACAACCUAUAUUUGACUUUGGGUUAAGAAGACUGUGUCCAGAAGUGCAUGGCUUACAUUUUGUGAGCACAAUGUUAAUGUGCUUUGCACUCACACAAGAGUUUGUUCAGUUCCAAAUCCACAUACUUACUUUUUGGUUUUCUCCACAGACACUUUAACCUCAGUGUCUCCAAUAAACAACAACAAACAAACAACAACAACAACAAAAAUACCUCCCACACCUCCUAGAGUCUCUAUUUUGGUUAAUGGCAUCAACAUUAUGUAAUCACCCAAUCAGUAAAAUUGAGGGACAUCUUAGAUAUUUAAUCAGUCAGAUAUACCUUAGUAGCUGAUCACCUAGUCACCUGCCUCCUCUCCAUUUCUACUGUUCCUUUUCGGAUGCAUGUUCUUUAGUAUCUACAUCUCCACCGUUUAGCAGUCAACCCAGUAAACCCAUGUUCCUGAAACUAGUGGUCCUCAAAGUAUAGCCUCCAGACCAGAAGACACCUGAGGCUUUGGGAAACACUUCGUUUUAAUCAGCCCUGCAGGUGAUUCUGAUGGGUGUCCUUAUAAUCCAAGAUUUACAUUUCUUAAAGAGAAUGUUAGCAAGUUACUCUCCUGUUGCUUCAAAGAUAACAUGCUAACUCUUUUAAAUGAGCUCUCAUGGAGAAGUCCCUCUCUACCUUCUCAGCUCAGUUUCCGCUCUUCUACAUCGACAGCAGCUGUGCUCCAGCCAUCACAGACUACUUGGAGUUCACCCAAGGAGGCUAAGACAAAAGCAAAAAAAUCUUCACAUAAUAAUUAGGCUUCAUAAUGAAAAUGACCAAGAUGUCCCUGGAUAUGAUUUCACAAAGACCUGAAAGUGAAUACCAAAUUGAGCAACCUUACAAUUACUUUGUGACCACUUAAGAGUUAUUAUUUAACGUGAAUUGUCAGCACUAGAAGCAAGUUUGAUGAAUGGAGACAAGGGUAGAAACUGGCAUUGCAAAUUGUGUUGAUAUGUACAUUAAGAAUUACUAAUAUAUCCUUUGGAAAAAAACUAUUUAGCUUUGUAACACCAAGAAAUAUAGGUGAAAAUAAUUAAAUUAAGGUAUUUAGCCUGUUAAAGGAAUAAACCUUGACAAAUAGCAUUGAUUCCAAGCUAUCUUGGUGACAGAACACCUAUUAAUAUAUUAAUGAAUAUUAAUAUAUUCAUUACUUUAUGAAAAAAGCACAGAUUAUGAGAAUUUUAUCUCCAUUAAAAAUAGAUAGGAAACGGGCUUAACCUAGUGUUUGCAGCAAAGUAAUUAGUUAAAAAAUGGCAGAGACAGAAUUUGCUGAUUUAGCUACCAUGUUACUCAUCUCUUUUUUUUUCCAGCUUAACUAUCACCAGGUACUAUGUACAUGUGCGCACACACACACAUGCCCUGUAGGCAAAAGCAAUAUGAUCUUCUAUGAGAAAAAAAUGUGUAAUUGAGACUAAAGAAUAGUUCAAUUCCAACAAGAACUUGCUACCCUAGGUCAAAGUUAGACAUUUUAGAUUUCUUUGAUAAUAUUUUGUACUCCCCUCAUAGAAAAAUUUAAUGAAAUGUUGCCAAUAUCCAGAGCAAGCUAGAAAAAAAGAGGGCUAAAACUCAUGUCUGAUCCAAAUGCUUAGUCUAAUAGUUACUAGCAAUGAACUGGGUCAUUGUUUAGUCUGUUUACCUCCCCUUUCUUUCUCCUGGAAAGAACAUUCUUCACUUGAGGGAACGCUCAUCCCUACCUCAAACCUGCUGUGCACUGGAGUAGACUGUACCUCCCAGACCACAGCCGUGGGUGACUUUGGAUACAGUCACUCUGAGAAGAGUGACUUUGCCCUUCUGGGAGUAGAGAGAUGCUAGGAUUGAGACCCAACCUGUGGGAGGAGGAGUGGGUCUACAUCAGGGAACAAUAAAGCCAGCACCUGCAGAGAAGAGAUGAGACACAGAGGAUCCUCAGAGUGUUCCAGGAAGAAAGUACUUGAGGAACUGGCUCCACCCCUGUGGCCUUAGAGCUCCACUGGCUCCUCUAGUUCUUUACGCUACUGGAGUGACUGUCCAGUGAAUGCCCUUUGGACAAGCUUCACAUAGAUUUCUGUUGCUCGCCAAGUGUCUUAAUAAAUGUUUUCAAACUAAUAUAUUAAAGAAAGAAUAAUUUUUAUUACUCAAAAAUUUUUAUUGAAUAAGUUUAUAUAGAAUGACACAUUUUAUUCCAUUAAAUAUUUUAAAUACAGUGGGGCCCUGACUUACGAGUUUAAUUCAUUCCGUGACGGAGCUCAUGAC